AUCUGCUGUAGUGUAAAUAAGAUUACAAUUGAAAAAGUAGCGGACAAUAUUUAAGACAUGCACAGUAAUUGUAUACAAUGUUUUCUGUCCAUGCCCAUGAAAUACUAAGAGUUCGAAACGUAACACAGAUUUUGCCUUAAGUAAUAUUGCCUUAGUUCUAUAGUAUAAAAUCCAACACAGUUUGCCAUUCACAACGCAGUAACUAGAUAAUCUAUUUAAUUUUUUAGCGAGGCAGCUUAGAUCAGUCGGUUGGAGCACCUGUUCCGGAUAAGAUGGUACAUCUCAACACGUGUGGGUUUGAGUCCCACAGCAUGCUGGAAGAUGUCUAACAAAAAAACUGAUGCUAGCGUUGUGUGUUAGCUUGCCUCACCGCUGUAUUCAGUGCAGUGUUUCUCAUUCGACAUUGGUCAGCAUCUACUCACAGCAUUGUCAGAUGAUCACGAGACAGACAUACCAUCAUCACAACAAUCCUGAUAUGAUCUCCUAUUAUGUACAGUUGUAUCAAACCUUGAUUAAACAGAAUGAAAGCUCUCCUGUUCUCAUACAGAUAGCCAAGGAGGCCAAUAUGCCUCCAGCUGUUAUAGCAAGAUUUGUUGUGGAAGGUCUCCAUGACAAACGCUCAAAUCAGGAAGUUACAAAGUCUACAAUCACUCAGUUUCUGAGGGAGCCUUAUUUGAUAGAAGACCCAGUGCUUGCCUACCAAGUUCAACUUUGCACUCUACAAGAUGUCACGUAUGGACCUUAUGCAGAAAGCAUUAAACACUCAGUGGGAAAUGAAUAUGAAUUCCUCUUGGUGCAAUUGCUGAAAGAGAGGAAGAUAGCAUUCCUACAAGAGGAUGAUAUGAGAAAGAAGGGAUAUGACAAGACUCCUGAUACUAAACUAGAGGUGCCUGUAGCCUGGAAUGGUCACAUCAUCAACUGGAUAGAGAGUAAAGCUUCUUUUGGAGAUGUUUUCAGUCAUAGCAAUUAUCUCAAGGAUCAAUACCUCAGUUAUGCCAACAGGUUUGGAUCUGGUCUUGUGAUAUAUUGGCAUGGUUUCAUAGAUGAGCUUAGAGCAGGAUGUAUUGAACAAGGAAUUGCACUAGCCGACCACCUUCCAGAAGAAUUGACCCAUCUCCAGCCUUGACCAAGGAAAUGUACUUGCUGGCCAUCUUCCAGAAAAUUUGACCAUCAUCCAAAAGGUUUGACCAUCCCCAACCUUAAGCAAGGUAUUUUUCUGGCUGACCAUCUUGCAGGAGACUUGACCCAUCUCCAGCCUUGUGAUCAAAACAUGAGAUUGGGGAGGUUUGUUGUUAUGAUCUUAAGGGAGGUUGGGAGUAUCGGAAAUGGAGGGAAGUACUGAAAGACUUGCACAUCUUCAACCUUGAUGCGCAGGAUGAGUAAAGGGGAAACGUGCCAGCAUCACCUUGUCUAAGCAUGGUUUUCUAAGGUUUUGAGCAUCUGGAAUGGAAAGAAAUAAAGCGAUUGUAUUUUUUGAAGAUGCUGUAUGUCUCCAACCUUGACACAGGAUGAGUUGAGGAGAUCCUUGCCAGUAUCAUCCGAAGUAGCAUGCAGAUCAAGGUCAUCAAAGGGUAUGAGCAUCAGGAAUUGUAUUUAAAUGAUCCCACACAUUUCUAACCUAAGCAGAUGAGCUGAGGGAAUACUUGACAAUUCUCCACUACUAGAUGGUCCUGUAAGAGCAUCUAGAAUGGAGGAAAAUAGAGGGAAUGUAUUUCAAAGAUCUUGCACAUAUCUAAAUUUGUUUUUAAAGAUCCUGUACAUCUCCAACCUUGAUACAGGAUGAAUUGUGGAAUACUUGAUGGUGCCAUUUCAGGAACAUUCCAGGAAAUGCAUAAUAAUAACAAAAUUAAUAAUAAGAAUUCAUAUAGUGCCAUAAUCUAUUACGAGGUGCAUUGUUGUUAUUAUUAUCAUUAUUAACCUGGCUUUAGCUUGAGCUGCCUUCCAGCACUCCUUGCAUUCUAGGAAUGAAUCCUGCUUGGUACCCAUUUAUCUCACCUGGGUUGAGUGCAGCACAAUCUGGAUAUAUUAAUCUAGCUUGAGGUGUGAUCAUGUGGUGAAAGGAAGUUGAUGAUUCUAUCUCAAUCAAGAAUAUAUAUCUAAAAAUAUUUUAAUUGUGUUACUCUAUUAAAAAAAGUUUGAUGGUGUCUUUAUAAUUAUGGGAUUGGAAUGGAUAUUUAUAAGGAUGCCAUUUUAUUCAAUGUUUUUAAUCUUCCUAUGUCUUCCCUCAAAUCAUGUCAUAAAAAUAGAGAUGACAUCAUAGCAUUGUGAAACUGAGCUCCCACAAAUACCUUUCCCGUGUGGUUGUUAAUAUACAACCAUGUUGUCACAGACCUUGUUACAGACCAGUUUGGUAGAUAUCGUCAAAAUAGGAGCCAAUUAAGAGCAGGUUUAUUUUGACCCCUGCCCCCCCCCCUUCCCGUAAAUUAACCGUGCAUUUGCCACCAAAAUUGUUACCUACAAAGUGAUCUACAAAACAGUAUUUUCAAAUUUCAGUUUUGAUUAAUUAUUAUGCUGAUUUAUAAUAAUAAUAAUAAUAAAGGUAUAUUUACCCAGGGUAG